AUGCCCGGUCCGAAGAAGGAUGGAAUAGCCGGUGGAGGCUCUGGAGGCAAGCAGAAUGGAAAUCGUUCUUCUUUCCGAACCGAUUCGGCUAUCUCCAAGAACCGAUUUGGCAAUGAGCGGGUUCUUCAGCCCUGGGUUCCCGAUGCGAACGACACUUUCAAUGGCAGUCUUGAAAAGGCCAGCGGCAGUGGCACCUGGGACCAGUUUGCUGAGAAUGAACGACUCUUUGGUUUGAAGACUAAUUACGACGAGAACUUUUAUACUACCGCUAUCGACAAGAGCCAUCCUGAUUACAGAGAGCGGUCAGCUGCCGCAGACAGGAAGGCUCGUGAAAUCGAACGUAGCGCGCCUACCACUGCCCACGUGGCUGAGGAACGUAUCAUGGACUACGUUGGUGGAGAGGACGGGGGUGAUGAAGAGGACAAAUACAGUGGUGUUCGACGCCAGGACUUCCCGCCUCUGUCGGCUGGGCGGGAGAACAAAUACACUCCACCAGCCAAGCGUGCACCUAUGGCCCAGUCCACUGUCAAAGGAGCUCCCAUCGACCCUGCUAUCAUUUCCUCGCAGAUCAAAGCGCCUCCAAAGAAGCAGAACACGCCCACCCCUGAAGAAUCAAAACCACAGGCUUCUGAGGCGACCAAGAAUGGGUCAGUUUCUAAGACUGAAGCACCAAAGGUCUCUGCGGAAGCCAAAGCCGCGGAGGCACCCGCCAACAAUGCUAAGCCCGCUGCACAGCCUGGCAACAGCAAGGCAGUCGAGACGAAGCUAAACGAUACAUCCAAGGCCAAUCCCGGUUCCUCGAACGAAGCCCCUAGCGCACCCGUUGCCACUUCCACUGUCGAACGUGAUGUGCUGAAGGAAUUCAAGGCAUUCGCCAACCGAGAGCGUCAGAUAACGGAGAAGGCUCGGAACAACAAAGCCAAGCAAGACAAGGAGGUCAAAUUAACGGAACUCAAGAAAUUUGCCAACUCAUUCAAACUCUCAACUCCGGUCCCCACAGAUCUGGUUUCUAUCAUCGCCAAAGAUCCUCUAAAACAACAGCAGAUUCAAGCCAAGGCCAUCAAGAAUGCUGAAGAGGUGGCCAAGGCCAAGGCUAGUGCUGUAACAAAGGACAAGGUUACUCCGUCAAAGGAUGCCCAGCCCAAGACUUCCGGCCAAGGCACUCCUUCCGCUGCUGGUACUUCUGUUCCUCCCAGUGACACACGCGCAGCUCGUGCCCCGGCCGGCGCCCAGCCCGCAGCGACAGCUGGAAACCAGCCUCGCCAUCCCAGUGCUCGUCAGCAAUAUGCUCAGCAACCUUAUCACGGACAGCAAUACCGAAACAACCGUAUGCCUCCGCCACAGCAAACAGGCAACCUGGCCUCGCGACUCCGUAACGUUGAGCAACAGAAGUUCUCUCAGCCUCCAGUACCUCACCAGCCUCAUGCUCCUGGUCAGGGUCAGGAGAUGCGUGCCCCGCCAACAGGACCAGCCAGCGGUGUCGAAACUGUUUACAACCGACGCCUCAGCGGCAACCCUAGCCACAUGGGUGCAAAGUUGAACCCUAACAGCCACGAAUUCAGACCCAGCCCGUUCGCAGCUGCUUUCAAUCCCAACAGUCAUGCCAGUACAGCUUCGAGCCCUCGAUCUGCAGCAAACAACGUUGAUACUACGACAAACAAUACCGUGUCUGACGGUCAGCUUAUCCGCCGCAAGACCAAGGCCAUCGAUGUUAAGAAGUGUUAUAUUCUGUCGCAUAUUCAAACCUUGACCCCUCCUCAGGGUCGAAACUGGGAUGACAAUGCUGGCCUGCGUCCCUCCUAUGACACCUUGCCGACUUGGCGACAGCUCCAGGACAAUGAGAAGCCAGAAUCUACCAUGCAUCUGACUUACAAGGAGUAUUUUGAGCGUCAGCCGUUUGGCGGACCUGCGCUGGCUACUCCCAACCCGCAGCAUGUCGUUCCUCAGAUCCCACACCAGCAUCAACUGCCUUUCCAUCUCCAGCAGGGCGCACACAACAUGGCUCCUAGGGGAUCGCCUCAUAUGCCUCCCAUGCAGAUGCACACCCCUCAGCACAGUCACGUGCCCCACCCACCAUACGGUAACGACGACCACAGGAUGAUGCACUCCAACUCGGCUCAGUCAUUUGCUUCACCUCGUCUUGGUAACGUGCCUGUGGCGUAUAACUCACCUCAAGUACCAUACAACCAAGCCGUUUUCAUGGGACCCGGCACGCCUCAAAUGAACCAGUACCGCAACUUCUCCAACAAUCACCAGUACAUGACACCUCAGCAGGGCCAAAUGGGCGGUCCUAUGAUGAUGCCGCAGCAAUUUAUGCCCGGACCUCAAGGGAUGGUUCCUGGCCCGCAGAUGAUGUAUCCUGGUGGCCACCCGCAAUUCAUGCCUCCGUCCGGACCUCAGCCAGUGCCUGGUGUUAACGGUUACCCAAGCCCUGGUCGUCCGGCGGCACCAAUGAUGGCGCAUCAAGGAUCGCAACAGGGACAGCCCAUGUAUGGAAUGAGCCCCAAUGUGCAAUACAACCAGCCGGUCUUUAACCCGGGCCAGCAAGGCGGUCCAAUGAGAGGUGGAUACGGUAGCCCUGGUCCUCAGCAUUUCGGUACAAGCCCUCAGCAAGGUCACCAAUAUGGUGGGCAGCACAGGAAUGGGGGCAACUAUAACAAGGGUUACGCAAACCAGGGAGCACACCAGACACCUCAGGCAAACCAUGCCGUGCCUGCCGCGAACCCAGCUCGACCUUCCGAAGCAUCGGAUGAGGCCAAAUAG